UUUACCUUCCUCCUCCUGCACCGAGCGAGUGGAGCAGACCAACCCCGGAACGGAUGGCCAUGAAGUGGUUGCGUUUUUCGCUCCUCGCCCUGGGGGUUUUCUCGCUAUGCUGCGCCACGUCUGGCGACAGCAGUGGCGUGAAAAAGAUGAAGAUGCAGUUCGCAACGGGGCCUCUUCUCAAAUUUCAAAUUUGCAUUUCCUGAGGGUACAAGCGGGUGUUUGAGGAGUACACGCAGGCCUUGUACCAGCGGUACCCAGACAUCCGCAUCGAAGGGGAGAACUAUCUUCCUGUACCCCUCUAUCGACACAUUGCUUCCUUCCUGUCUGUGUUCAAACUGCUGGUGAUUGGGCUCAUUAUUAUUGGCAAGGACCCUUUUGCCCUGCUUGGUAUGCAAGCCCCAGGCAUCUGGGAGUGGGGUCAGGGAAAUAAGAUAUAUGCCUGCAUGAUGGUGUUCUUCUUCAGCAAUAUGAUUGAAAACCAGUUAAUGUCAACAGGAGCUUUUGAAAUCACAUUAAAUGAUGUGCCAGUGUGGUCUAAGCUGGAGUCAGGACACCUUCCCUCCAUGCAGCAACUUGUACAAAUCCUGGACAACGAGAUGAAGAUGAACGUUCACAUGAACACAAGACCGCACCACCACUCCUAACCCUGCUGUUUAAUUCCUGGCUGGAGCUAAACGCCCCUCCAUGUUUGAGGUGGGUUUCUCACAGGGCUGUGAGGUGAUGUUUAUGAACGUCUGCGCUGAAGGCAGGAAGACUGCUAGCACAGACUGGAUGCCCCCAUCACUCUUCACUAUGCCCUUAAGAGAUAUCCUGCCCCUGACGCCAGAGUGGGAACCAUGGCAACAGUGCUAGCCAUUCUCUCAUUUCCUUGUUACAUUCAUACUACUGCAGAUUCAUCCAGGUGACAUUAGUGUUCCCACGAGGAGAGAUUUAACAUUGAUUCUUGUAGUUUUUAACUUGUUGCAUAUAAUUGAUUUAUGUAAUAAAAUGGUGUAAUUUGUUACCACUGAGCCAUAUGUAAAAUUUCAUUUUCUGUUUUGUCCUAAAAGUAGUUGACCAUGUAGAAAAUGCAACACUUAAAAUCUGUAAUCACUGUUGUGACAUUGGGAAAAUGUGUCUUGGUAUGAUUUCUGAAUAAUUUUUAUAUUUACAUACCUUGGAGGAAGCUAAGAAGAUUAAUAAAACAUAUUGUAACUAUUUAAA